AUGGCUUCAGGCUACGAUCGUGCUCUUUCCGUCUUCAGCCCUGAUGGUCAUGUGUUUCAAGUCGAAUAUGCUCUGGAAGCAGUCAAGCGAGGAACCUGCGCAGUUGGAGUCAAAGGCAAAGACAUCGUCGUGCUAGGCUGCGAAAAGAGAUCAGCUAUGAAGCUGCAAGACACACGAAUCACACCCUCCAAGAUUGGCCUCAUCGACACCCAUGUCUGCCUUGCUUUUGCCGGCCUCAACGCCGACGCCCGGAUAUUAAUCGACAAAGCCAGAGUCGAGGCGCAGUCACACAGACUUACAGUGGAGGAUCCCGUUACUAUUGAAUACAUUACGAAAUAUGUGGCUGGUGUGCAACAAAGAUUUACUCAGAGUGGUGGUGUCAGACCGUUCGGCAUCAGUACGCUGAUCAUCGGGUUCGACAAGGGUGAAAAAGAACCUAAGUUGUAUCAAACAGAGCCCUCUGGCAUCUAUUCUGCUUGGAAAGCGAACGCCAUUGGUCGGUCAAGCAAAACCGUACGAGAAUUCCUCGAGCGAAACCACAAAGACGACAUGGACCGCGAGGCGACCAUCUCUCUGACUGUCAAGUCCCUUCUUGAAGUUGUCCAAACAGGCGCAAAGAACAUUGAAAUUGCCAUCAUGGCCCCUGGAAAGACGAUCGAGAUGCUUCCAUCUGAACAGAUCGAACAGUAUGUUAAGACUAUCGAGGCGGAGAAGCAAGAAGAGCAGGCAAAAAAGAAACCCGGAACGAGGGCGGCUGGCUCGGCCACCUCGUCUCUCCCGACUCGGCCGCUAGCUGAGGGUGAGGGUGGAGGAGACGAAUAA